AUGGCUCCCUGGUGGCCCUCAUCAGGCGCAGACAAAGCUCGUCGUGACGAUGACNCCCUUGCCGACUUUCGCCUUUUCGCUGAUGAACAAAUCAAUGCCCUGGUGGACGGCGUCAACUCCCUUCCAGGCUUCAGCUCUGCGUCUCUCAGUGCCGAAGAACAGCGAUGGUCAGACGAGAUGCGAGACUUGCGCAAGCGUCUGGAGGAAGACUUCCCGCCACUCUUCACCUCCCUCCUAGGUGCUCCAGAAAGACGAUCCUAUCUUGGUGGCCCCAUCAGUGAAGAAGCCCGUCAAGCAGCUCGCGUACUGCUCCUCCAAGCACGCAAUGUCAGUUUCGGAGUCGACCCAAGAAAGAUCCUGAGUCUGUAUCAGGAUCAUGGUCAAGGUAUGAUGCCUGUUCACAGCAAGUUUCCCAUCCGCACCAUAACCAGCAAUACCACUUGGCUUGGCAUCGACUGGUUCAGACACAGUCCCUACUCGCCUAUUCAACUCGAACAGCACUCUACCGCUCACCAGCACGGCGGCAAAUGGCGUGCUGCCUUUGAAGACCUACUCUGCGCCCACCUCGACAAGCCACAAGUUGCCCAUGAAGCCUGGAAAGCCGAAGAUUCCAUUGCCGCAUCUGAUUCUGACAAUCAGAUCUUGUACAACCACUGGGCUCAACCCGGAAUUGAUUGGAUGCUUGGCCUACAAUGCAGAGGCAUUUUACCACCUCAGCUGCCUAGUCUGUACAACAUCACUCCUCUUGAGACCAAAAAGCUCGAUCGCGUCUUCGGCAAGAUCGUGUCUGGAGUUAGCAACUUCUGGACGCCAUAUGGCCGUUCCGUGUACGACGACUUUGCGCAGUUGGCGAGAAUAGUGGCUUCGCCCGAUGCAGAGGACUUGGUCGUGAGAAGCAACUUGCAGCCUGACACGGAGAUGGACAUGUACGAAAGCUUGUGGAGAGUCAAGGAUGACUAUGCCAAGGAGGGUACAGAUGCACCCAAGUCACUAUCUACGCCCAUCAACUCUGCGCUAUCAACUUCAUCUUCCGCCAAAGACGAGACAGAGAAGCCGAGUGUCAUCUCAGUCAUGAUCACCACAGAGAUGCGCACUAUGCCUGACGGAUCAGUCUACACAAAGCGUGUCUCGAAGAGACGCUUCUCCGAUGGCACCGAGGAGGACAGAGAAGAAGAAUCAACUGACUCCAAGAACAAGUCGGCAAGCGGAGAUGGCGAACACGAGUUGCAGGACAAGAAGGGCGGUACUGGAUGGUUCUGGAAUUGA